GCGAUUUUCUAGAUUGUUGGAAAUUCGAUUUUCUAUAAACUGGAAAAUCCCCACGGAAUUCCCAUAUGUACUCUUUGAAAUUCGCCGAGCAUUUUCCAUAAAUAAUUUCCAACCUUACAGUGUAUAUGUUACAGGCAUUUCUCAAAUUCAGGCAAAUUUAACAUCUGCCUGAAUUUGAGAAAUUUCUGUAACAUAUAUACGCUUACAUAGCAACGAAGAGAAACAUAGCUCUCCUCGUGUAUAUAGCAGAGUUCUAUCGUAGAGCGUAAAUUCGCCUUUUUCUUAAUGUGGCAUGCAGAAUCUGUAUGUGGGACAUAUGUGCAUCUUGUCGUAUGUGAGAAAAAGAAGAUCUACACGCUAGAAUUCUAUUAUUUUCUCCUCGUUUUAGAUCUUCACAACCAAUCAAUAACUUCUCUUCUUUCAUGGGACUUAAGUUGACAACAGGAAUGACAGAAUCAUAGUCAAAAAGGCCAGUCGUAAACGGCAACGUGAAUACUGUUUAUCUCAUACAACAUAGUCUGACCGAAAUGAUGGGUAUCAUCGAAAUUAAGUCUGUUUGUGGCUUGCAGACAAUAUACCUUAAUAUUAGUGCUCUUCGACGAACGAAUGGGAAAUCAACCGAAAGAGCAUUUUGCAUUCUUUUAAUGCACCAAAAACACUUAUACUUUUUUGUUUACCGUACCUUUUUUGAUCUUCAGCCUACACCGAAAGGUGAGGGUCUUUUAACUAAGUAACCUACAACAUUGUGGGGAAUAACGUCGCAUCAUUCAGUUAUAAUUGAUCUAUUAGGUCAAGUGGAAUUUAAAGAUGGACAACUAUCAACAUCUUCAGAAGAUAAAUCAGAUUCAAUUAUACAUCUCGUAUCUGAGGAAAACGAAAAAACGUUUGUAAAACGCGGAACAUCUCAGGUGGAUUUGCCCAUGGUAAAAUAUUUAAACAAUCGUAAUUCAGUUCCAGAUUUUAUUAACAAUCGACGUGUAAUUAGUCAAGAUUUUGUUUAUGAAGUUUUAAUAGAUUUAAGCGAAUCACCAGCAAAUUUUGCUCUUUUGUUAACUGUGCUGGUAAGUGGACGUUGUUUCUCAAAUUUUCAUUUUCAAACCAGUUUUGAUUGCCUUUGUUAACUUUUGUGUGUAUAUUAUUAUAAUUAUUUCCUUAUCUUGAAAAUCCAUCUAAAAGAAUAUUAAAUAUAAAUUCAACUGUAUCAGAAGAACUAGCAAAUUUUAGUAAAGAACAGAGCAUGGA